AAACUAUGGACAAGAUUCUGCAACUGAAGUGAUUAAACUUUCAUUAAUUAUCAAGUUGUAUUUACAUAUUUGUUUAUUAUCGUUCCAUCAUAUUAUUUCAUUGAACUUUAAUGUAUAAUCAAUUCUUUCAUUUUUAUUAUUAGUUAAUAAUUGAUAUAAUUUAAAUAUACAUCAAAAUAUAGUAAACAUCCUGUUAACUUAUAAACUAACUGUUCAUUCGUAAGAUUCAUCAAAAAUGGCUAAUGGACAAGAACCGAUUCAAGUGUGUUCAUUGCCACUACCUCCAGCACAAUAUUUCCAAAAUUACUCUGAUGAAAAUGUUAGACGAGGUCGUGCACCAAAACCACCACCAAUUAUACAAGAAACAUAUACUAUGUUUGGUAAUCCAUACAAUGCUGACGAUAGCAUUAUUAGACCAUUAGAAAGCCAAGGCUUCAAACGUCUUUACCCACAACACUUUGAUAGAAGGCGAGAAUUACGUAAACUCAAUCAUUCUUUAUUGGUCAACUUCUUGGAUCUACUUGAUCUUCUAAUUCAGUGUCCAGACUCCCCAAGACGGGCUGAAAAGGUUGAGGAUAUUAGCCUACUGUUUAUUCACAUACAUCAUUUGUUAAAUGAAUUUCGUCCACAUCAAGCUCGAGAAACAGUGCGCGUGAUGUUAGAUUUGCAGAGAAGGCAAAGAAACGAAACAACAAUCCGUUUACAAAAGCAUAUAGACAAAGUGAGUGAUAUUCUUCAACAAACAUUGGAAAAUUUACCAGAUACUGAACUUGAUUCGAAAUUAAUGAUAGGCUCAACUAAAGUGGAAAAAAUGGAUUCAAUCAAUUCUGAUGAACUUAGAACUGAUAAUUGUGUACCUAAAGACAAACUUAUGUGUCAUUUAAUUGAUACCAUGAAUACUAAUUAAAGGAAAGAUUUAAUUUUGUCAAUUAUUUAUAACAUUUUAAGGGCGGAGUUGUUUUUUUUAUUUAGUAAAAAAUUUACUUUUAGCAUUAAUUUCAUAUUUUGAUGUUUAUUAAAUUUAGUGUUUUUUUUAUCGAGAUAUUUACAUGUACAUACUUGUUUAUUAUUCUAAAAAAAAAAAGUUGUAUAAAUUUGAUUUGUUUUAAUUAUUAUGCUAAAAUGAUAUUGUAUUCAUAAAACUAAUCAAUAGGUUGCAUUAUUCAAUGUAUAAGGUCAAACUUUAUUUAACAAUUAAUAUUAUG